AUGAAGUUGGUCCUUACGUUUCGUGGUACUGUCGUAAGACGGUCACGGGCGCAGCAUCACAGCGCGGGUCACGGCUCAAAUCUCAUCCGAAGGCGCCGUCCGCACUGCAAACUGGUUUUGCGGGCGAGUUUGGAUUCCAAUGGAAAAAUACACGUAACGUCCACUAGCAUUCGACACUCGCGAUAUCGCCGUACUGCGGUCGCCCAGCAGGAAAAUCAGCGGGCAGAGAUUAGCAUGAAUGAUAUUAUGGACCGGCUUUUAACGCGGACGAGAUGCGACAACGGUGCUGGUUGCAGCGCGACUGGUGUUCGGCACUACACAGCCAUUGACUCUUGGAAUAGAAGUGCGCUGAAAAAGUACGAACGCAUUGAUAACAUUUUCAACGUUAUGUCGCUGUAA